GUAGCUCGUGCCCCUUCUCUGGUACAGCAGACCCCGAUGCUAAUCUCCAUUUGUCUGCAAACCCAAAUCCUCAUGGCAGCCUAUGCGCCCGUAAACUGGACACUAGCGGAGUGGAUGGCGCGCCCUGAGGGGGUCUCAAGGCUAUGCCAGCUGUGCCAGUGCAGUGAGUACAGUAGCUCUGAGGUGCAGACCCCCGGGCCUAACCUGCUGCCAGAUGCCAGGAUGCUCCCUCGAUUUCCACUAUUUAACGCUCCGGCUUAGGCGCCAUAGACCACCCUAUGUGCUUCUUCGCUGGCUCUGUUCAUGCGACUACAGGGGGCAGCAGCCUGUCAACGCCCGAGGUGGGCCGAGGACCUGCGCACUGCUCUUCAUGACCACCGGACCUCCUGCCAUCUGGGGACCCCCGCAGGCUUGAUCAUGUAAACAGAAGUGCCACCAAAACCGAGGACUUUAGUGACGUCCAGGGAUGGUCACCCAAAUGAUACUGUUAUGUAAUUCAAAUGUUUUCUUUUCUUUGGCAUUUUUCAAAUCUUUAUCCGACUGAAUUCCAUUUCUAUUGAUGAAGAUAUCGCGUGGGUCUCGAAACGCUAACUUUGUGACCUGCGCCCCUUCAGCCCUACGCAGGUCGUCUUCACAGACUCAUUUCGCGUCCACAGGAGGAGACCCACAGCACCCCGCCGUCCUCCAAUGGCUCCAUGCCGCUCUUUUCCUGGAUUUCAAGCCCACCACUCCAACGUAAACGACUGACGAGCCCUAAAGAGUCCUGCUGUGCGUCUGUCAAAUUCCCUCGGCUGCCGUCGCCACUCUCAUCGUUUAGUCUUUUCUGUUCUUCAAUUCCAUGAAAGUCGGACAUAUUUGUAUUUUGCCCCAGACAUGACAUCCUUCAGUUCCUCUUUUGUCACAGUAGGGUCCUAAGGUGCCAUCCUCUCGGCCCACCGUCAGGACAUUAACACCUGAGACCCGAGCGCCAGAUCAGGCCGGACAGGAGGCGUCCCGUCGUGAUUCCCGUAGGCUCGCUUACUUUACUCGGACGUCGUGCGCUGGGCGCCAAGUGCGUGGUCAGCGUAGGUGGCCUCAGGUCUUCGAGGACGGUGAGCCGCCAGGUGUGUUACGCUUGCGCUGGCAUCCACUGCAUGGUAGGCGUCCUGGGGGGCUGCGGAGAAAGAGAAGCAACAUCGGCCAGAGGGCGAGUGCUUCUUCAUCUGUGGUGGGGUCAAAGUCUGGGAUACAAAGGGACCCGUUCAGGCAUUUCGAGGUGUCCCUUGGAGGGAGUGGCAGCUGCGACACGUCAGAGACGCCGCUUAUCUGGACGCUGAAGGACUCGUCUAACGGCUGCCCAGGACAUUUGGACUCUGCUGGAGACUCUCAGUAAGGUCACAUGAUACGUCGGCUCUGCUUUUAAAUGUGCACACUUUGUGUUUCGGUCUAAUAAAGUGAACGCGGGGCACCGAGUGUCUUUGGUCACAUCGUUUAGUAGACGCACUAAUGGGGGGAGCGUCACAGCGACUGCUCGGUGAAGUGGCUGCCGUUUUGAUCAAGACGUCUACGUCUGGGGACAGCCUUUAUGUGUCCAUGACAUCCUAAGGGACACCCGUGCGUUGUGGGGAGUGCUGAGGGGUGCUUGCGUCACUCCAGUCGUUAAGGGCAUCCAAAUGCUGACAACAGGACCGCCAUGAGGUCAGCGACAAGCGUCCCUGCCCGGUCAUUUGGUGUCGAUAGGCAGAUGAUGUGAAGCAGCCAUGAAUGUUAUUUGCACCCGCGUCUGCUCUGCUCCGCGCCAAUCGGCAGCAUUUGAACUUCACAGAAAGUUACGCAGGCCAGAUGACUAAACAAAGAGAUCAAGUGAAAGUAAAAAUGAGGCAUUAACUCCGAAAUCAGCCGAAGCAAACAAAACGGCCACCAUGGGGGUCCGCGGGACUGACCUUGAAAAGCAGUGCACUGGAUGGCACACAACUCGGGGUAACCAAAGGGGCACCACAGUCCCCAGGAACUGAGAAUAAAUAAACCGUUUAGCAUCGCCAGUCGACAGGUGGGCUUCAAGAUGCAUUGUGUUGCUAUAAAAAGAUUCAAAUAUUUAACACCUUAAGGACUCCAAACACAGUAAGCUGAAUGAAGAUGAAAAGUCCAUCACUGGACGAUGACGAACAUCCAAACGACACGUAAAGAGAAGCUGGCCUUCCGAAAAGUCCAUCCAUCCACUUUAAAUAAAAUCCGACUUCCGGCUGAGCGUCUUUUCAUUUUAAAUCUCUCUGCACAGUUUGAAUCAUCCAAGCCGCGGGGGUCUGCUGGAGCCAAACGCAGCCAACCAGGGUGGGAGUGAUGAAUUACUCACAACGUCCCUGUGAUGAAGUCGUUUUCUGGGGUUCUUGUACUUAUGAGUAUAUUUCUUAAUUCUGUAACUUUACUUAAGUACAAAUGAAAGUAAGGAAUCUACUUUUCAAAUCACAAUUUAUUCCUGAGUAUGCCAACAAUUUGAAUUACUGUUGAGACUUUUGACUGACAUUUUGGUAGCCAAUAAAGGUAUCCGAUGGUCCGAUGGUCCGAUGGACCCUGAUAUCUGGGCACUGCCACACUGCACCGGCUUUUGAUCAAAAUCGCACAGUGAAGGAGCUUUGGAGUAAUUGGAGGACUGAAGGUUUGGAGAAAUAAACUUCAUGGAGGACAGCAACAUUCAACUCAGUGGACAUGACCAGUGCUACUGGAGGAGAAAACAUCCAUCAAAGAUUGAUCAGUAGUAGCGUGACAUCGUUGUGACAUCAGCCAGUCGUCAACAGAGACCACCGCCACACCAAACAAGCUCUGAGCAAGAAAGCAAGCCAAGUUACCAGAUGUCAUGUUGCCAACUGGAAGCAAACGUGACCUUCAAGCAGCUGCUGACCAGCUUAUCAUCAUCAGUUUGUGAACAUGUGAAGGUCGACAGCCAUUUGCAAUGCUUGAACAGCCAGCUUUCAAAUAAUUAAUCAGCACAUUGCAAGCUCAAGCCAAGGUCACCUCCAGGUCCACCGUUCACACCACAAUCUAUGACGCUGCCGAUGACAUGAAGAUAACUGUGACUGCAGAAUUGGGUAAAGCAACCAGCACUGAUUGUUGGUCAGCUCAUCAGAAACGUUACCUUGGUGUCACUUGCCACCGUGUAGAAGAAGAGUCCUUGGGAAGAUUGAGAGGGUCUCACACAUUUGACAUGAUUGCUGGCGCUCUUGAUGAUGUCCAUUGCCAAUACAUGAUUACAGAUGAAGGACGACAACUGAUGGUGGAUCCAACUUUAUCAAAGCUUUCAUCUGUUUGGGGUCCAGAAUGAUGCAGAGGUAGAUGAGGAUGAAGCAGACUUCGAAACUUAACAACAGGUUCAGAAGGUGAGCUGUCCAAGACAUGUUUGUUACGUCCAAGGCUCUAAGGCAAAGGCCAGAGUUUGCAGUGCUCUGGUGAAAGUUCACACUACAGACAAAACUCCUGUUUAAGGUUUCUUUGUUAGAACACAAAUCUCCUGAAUGUGAUCCAUUCAUUUAGUUUAUCAGUAAUGUAGACAUGUUUGAAGUAGCGGUUUUCUACACGGUUUGACUCGCUAGUUAUCAAUAAUUCAUUAAAUAUCAACAGCUAAAAAGUAACUUAGUAGUCUGAGUGGUUUUUGAGAGGAGUACUUUGUACUUUCUUUUACUUAAGUACUUUUUUAAAACUAGUACUUCUAUUUGUAAUUGAGUAUUAUUUCAGCAGUGUAAUAGUAUCUGUACUUGAGUACAAAUUUUCAGUACUCUUUCCACCACUGCAGCCAGCACAGGGCACAAGGCAGGAAACAAACCCCGGGCAUGGCGCCAGCUUCUGAAAAGUCAUUUCUGGAAGUCGAGUCCACACAGCGGGUUGGAUAAUAACUGACAGACAGACAGACGGACGGACAAAGAGACAGACGGACAGACUGACUGAAGUUCUCUUUAUUUCUAACGUCAUUCUUAAUGCACAUGACGUCACGGUGAGGCGCCAUUGAAAACGCAAGCCGCUCUGCAUUUUAACCAAAAGGCCUUUUCUAACAUCAUCACAAUCCCGUCUAUUGGCCGAGUAUGGGACUGGACUCGGGAUUGCUGAUGAUCUUUGAUGAUCUUUGAUGAUUUUGAAUUUGGUUUGGCCGGCCAAAUACACACCAGUUAUUUAAUAGGUUUUCAAAAUACGAAGGCUCACUGAGCGAAAGCGAAACACAUUCAAAUGUCCCCAACCUUUGACAAGCGCCUUCUUAAGCGUAUUGUUACUUGUAUUUAAGAGAGGUGUAGGUUUAACUAAGCUCCGUCUUUAAAAUCGGUUAUUUCUUUGAAAUGAAUCACUUCCUUAUAUUAACCAUCACCUCGAAGCGAGUUCUUUACGAGAAAGUCGCUCAGUUUCUCAACAUUCAAGUAAUUAAUCCGGAAACCAAUGUCAAUCCUUCAUUUAUUUUACAGACUUCUUUAGAAUUUUAAGACAUCAUCAGGUAGCUGACGGAUCGUACACAGCGGACAGCAGCUAUUAAUUAACACGAGAAGCCAACACUGCAGAUCACCGCGGCCCCAUCGCGCCUGAGGCGUGACGUGAUAAACCUGCGCCGGGCGCGCGCGCGUCUCCUCUGGCUGCAGGCGAACGCGGAAGCGAUGCGCGAGUGGCUGGACGGCGCGCACACUGCCUGAACGCUUCGUGCGGAGUUCAAGAAGACGAAUUGCCGAGACAGGCGGUGCUUUGCUUAACGGUGCACCGGAUUGGCGGUCAGAACUGGUGACCCCUGCUGGCCGCAAUGCAGACCCUACGGAAGCACAAAGUGGACCUCAUCGAGUGGCUGAGCGGAGACCACCAGCUCGUCCUCCAGCAUGUCCAGUGCCAGGCGCUCGUCACGGACCGCGAGUACAGGCGACUGCGGAGCAUCCAGGACCCCGAGGGCAGGGUCAUUGAGCUCCUGGACACCCUCCUCUCCAAAGGAGAUGCCCACUGCCAGCAGUUCAUCGCCAUCCUCCGGGGGCUGCAGGACACGUACCCCCAGCUGCAGGCCUGGUUUGGGCAGCUCGGCAUCACUGGGGCACCGGCUGCCCUGGGCUGUCCUCCGCGGGCCGCACCUCCAGACCACGAAGCCAAGGCCCGCCAGGCCGAUGCCAUGGUGUCAGAUAAGAAGCACUUCUUGCGCACGCAGCGGGAGGUGCUUAUCCAGGGCGUGAAGCAGGUGGCACAGCUGGCAGACCGGCUGCAUGUGACGCUGCACCCGGAGGCGCUGGAGGAGGUGCUCUGUGAGAAGACCCCACAGAGUCAAAUGAGGAGGCUGCUGGACUUCGUCACCAGUGACGUGCUGGCCACAGAGGUCUUCCGGGCGCUUUGUGUUGUGGAGGCCAACCUCAUGUGGGAGAUACUGCAGCUGUAGGGGGCGCCCUUCCCAAUAAAUGCCAUGUUCUUGGCCCCUAGUGGGUAACACCUGUGUGCCUGCUCAAUCACUCACUGGCCAAGCAGCGCCCACG